AUGCCUUACGCAGAUCCAUUUAGUGCGGAAAUAAAAAAAAUAUUUAAACCACAAAAAUAUAAACCCUGUACCAAUGAUAAACCACUUGUUAGUGUUUUAUAUGACAUGAAUCAGGAAAAGUAUCUAUUACACAUCGAAAACGAAACCUUCUUAUCACAGCACAAAAAUGCGAAUAACUCUGAGGCUGAAAAUCAGUUGAGCUGCUGUUAUCGUCAAAUAGUACGUUCCGGAAGUGGCAGCAAGGCCGAUAAUGCGUUUAAAUUAUUGCCAUGUGAAAAUUUUGUUCAGAAUUUUGUCGUACCCGAGCAUAUUGAAUUCAUCAUAGUAGAAUGUAGAAAAAAAUCUACUUUAAUACAAAAAGAUGCUUUCUCGUUUAUUCAAUAUAAAAAUAAAACCAAGACGAUAACAUCUGGAUCUAUAAGAAAGCCAAGUGUCUUCCUGAUAGGAAUAGAUAGUUUAUCGCGCAUGAAUUUUCGCAGAACAAUGCCUCAGACACAUCAAUAUUUAGAAGAAAACAAUUGGUUUGAAAUGCAAGGAUAUAAUAAGGUUGGAGACAAUACAUUUCCAAACCUGAUGGCCCUCCUAAAUGGUAAUAAUGAAACUAUAGCCUACAGAGACUGCAAACCGAAAACAGUGGGUGGACUUGAUAACUGCUAUUUCAUCUGGCAAAACUACCAAAACUUUGGUUAUAGAACUGCAUAUGCUGAAGAUGUAGUAUCUUUAAGCACAUUUAACUAUUUAAAAAAAGGCUUUAAAACACCACCAACUGACUACUAUAUACGUCCAAUGGUGUUAGCAUUGGAGAAGAAUUUAAAAGUACAAAAAAAGGAUGGGUUGCCUUAUUGUCUAGGGAGGAAGCAUUACGGUACAUAUAUUUACGAUUAUGCAUUACAAUUGGCAAAUCGUUUUGAGAAUGAACCCACCUUUGGUUUAUUUUGGACAAAUUCAUUUAGCCAUAAUAGAUACGAUACAUCCGCAACAAUGGAUGUCAAAAUGUUGGAAUAUUUAAAAAUAUUCAAAACGAAUGGCAUCUUAGAAAAUUCUAUAGUUAUAUUCUUCAGCGAUCAUGGACGUAGAUUUGGCACCUUAGUAACGUUAGCUGGUGGUUUUUUAGAGGAACGUUUACCUAUGUUUUACAUAUCCUUACCAAAGUGGUUUAAAAAUCAAUAUCCGGAUUUUGUCAAAGCACUACAAAUCAAUCGUAAUCGUCUAACGACACCCUAUGACAUACAUAUGACACUGAAGCAUAUAUUAGAAUUAAGUCAGCCGGGUCUGAGUUUACCAAUGGCAAACGGUUGUGCAAAAUGUCAAAGUAUUUUUCGUGAAGUACCGGUAAAUCGUAGUUGUGCUGAUGCUGGCAUACCAGAACAUUGGUGCACUUGUACACAUUAUGAAAAUCAAUCCAAAAAAGACAAAAUUGUAAAAUAUGUAACACAAAAAAUAAUAGAUCAAAUGAAUUCUUACUUAAAAGACAAGACAUUAAGUAAGGUAUGCAGCGAACUGAAAUUAAAAGAUAUUAAUACGGCACACUUGAAGGUGGAAGAAGAUGAUGGAAUACAGUAUAACCCAACUUAUAGAAUCCGUUUUGUUGUAUAUCCAAAAAAAGCUAAUUACGAAGCUACUGCGAUAUAUAAUCCUGGAAAGAGAAGUGUAGAAUUGAACGUCGAGGAUAUAAGCUGUCUCAGUUCUUAUGAAAACGUAUCACAAUGCAUUAAUGAUAAACAGGCGAAAAAAUACUGCAUAUGCAAGUGAAGAUAUUUGCUACAAUCAUCUGCUUAGUUUGAGAGAUCUUCAGCGUUUAGUUAAUCUAGUCCGUCCUGAGGUAUACAAUACUUACAACCGUUUCAUUUAAUGAACUUUAAGUUACGAGUGCUUGCAGGUGACCCAACAGUAGAGCAGUGCAAGGUAUGGAAUAUAUUUGAAUGUGUUUGCAACUGUUGGACAUCGGUUAAAUAUAUAGUGAUAAAUACGGAUUGGAUUUAAUAUGUGAUAGCUUAUUUUGAAACUGCUGUGCAGAAAGAUUAUGACUCGAGAGGAAAGUUAAGCUGUGUAUCUUCCAGAUUAUUGUGAA